UGAUUUGUUGUAAAUUGUGAUUAUUUUUGUGUACCACCAAUUAAUUGUAUGAACUUUUUAAGUUAGUAAAUAGUAUUGUUCAUGAAUAAGACGCAUUGUUUUAUUAUUGAUACCCGUUUCAAUUGUAUCGUUGUGUCUGUUUUACACAAUUACGUUUAUCGCCGACCGACUUAGUUGGAACCGACAGAAUACCGAGUGCAAUCAGACGCAGGGACGAUGACUGAUGUUGCAUCCCUAGACAAAUAUUCGUACCACAGCACUUAUCCUACAAGAUAGAGAAUGUUCUUUUUAAUUGUUAAGACCGCAUUUGCUAUAUCGCUCAACAGUUUAAGAAGUCAAUAGCAUAUCAACUAUAUUGCUCUACGCGAAUCGCUUAUAAGGAAACUGGAUAUAUAACCUCGAAACUAGUCUGAUUUAUGUUACGUAAAUUUUAACAUAAAAAUGGGAGACUCUGGAGACAGUGAUAGUGAUUUAGAUACUGGGAAUAAGCGUCGAAAACAAAAUGUUAUAGAGAGUGAUGAAGAAAGUUCAUCUAGCAGCUCUGACGGAGAAUCCGCAAAAUGUCCUAUAUGUCUUACUCGUUUAGGUGAAGAGAAUGUAGCAUCACCAAAUUCAUGUUUACAUUCAUUUUGUUUAAAUUGUAUCACCGAAUGGGCUAAAAAUGCUAAAACAUGUCCAAUUGAUCGAUUAGAUUUCAAGUUUAUUAUUGUGCGAUCAGUUUUCGGAGAAGUGCUAAGUGAAAUAGAUGUAAGUCAGAAUAACGAAAAGAUAACACAAGUAAACAAUGUUGAUGAUUUAACCUAUUGUGAAUCCAUUUUAAAGGUUUGCCAUUUGAGCAACCGUGAAGACGAAAUGCUUUUAUGUGAUAUUUGUGAUUGUGGAUAUCACAUGGACUGCCUAAAUCCACCUCUUUCUAGAGUACCACUGGAAGAGUGGUAUUGUCCACAAUGUCGGUCAAGAGAAGAGCAGAGUGAUAACGAUAUUGAUGAAGACGAAGUUAUUGAUAUAUUAAACGACCUAAGUGAAGAUGAACAAGUAACUAGAGGACGAAGAACAAGAAUAUCACGGCAGCAAGAACCAAGAUUAGUCCCACGUACUAGAGCUAGCGAAAGAGUGAGAAUGAAUACUCGUCGGUUACAACAGAUAGUCAUGACAGUUGCAGAAGGUGUGAUGCUGUCUAGUAAUACACGAAAGAAAGUAUGUAGAAACAGAAAGUAUAGAAAAAGAAAAAUUAAGACAAACAAAUUUCGAAAGGCUAAAAAACCACGAUCUAACAAAAAUAAUUCAAUGUUAGCUGAGCGAUUAGGUACAUGUUCGACCCAAAUGAACAGAACUUCUGAUAGUAGUAAUACUAUGAGUAGUAAUACAUUCAGCAAUUUCGUUGAUCAUACAUCUUUAAGUAUACUUGGAAACCAUUAUGAGUUGGACUAUACACCAUUAGAGUCGGACAGUGAAAACGACAUUGGUGGCGAUGGACCAUUGUUUAUGUCAACGGUACCUCGAAUACGUUUUUCAACUGCUGAUAUAGUUUCCCGCAAAGAAAUUAGUGAAAUUCUACGUAGGCCAGUCAGGAAAAAUGUAAAUAUAUCGCAUAAUACAGAAUCAAUUAACAUAUUGGAUACUAUUAUGAAUGUACAAGAAAAGGAAUUUAAAAAGAAAACUAUGGAAAAUGAAAUGAAAAAUGUCGACAAACACACUACACAAACUCCAAUGUAUUCAGAUCAUCAUUCUGAUAGAAAUACAAAUAACGUCAACAAUUAUUCAUCCAAUCGCAAUAAUAGUAGAAAUUAUCCUAGGAAUAACAACGAGUCACAUUCUGAAGUAGUAGGAAAUUCGAGCUCUUAUGACGACCAUCAAUUACCGGCUAACCAAAAUUUCAGUGAAAAUCAACCGGUGAAUCCUUUCCCUUUUAGAAAUUCUGGACCUAUAAAAUUUCGAAUGAAUGUCACCAGACUUGGCGAAAAAAAACAGUCACAAACUCCACCAAAACCUGUUACUACUGAAAUAAUCGUCGAAGACGAAAGUGGAUCUAGUUCACAAGCGACCGAAUCAUUUAAAGCUCUUGAGCCUCCUCCAGAACCUCCUGCUUUGUUAAUGGGUAUUAAUCUAGAUGAAGAUGAAGCCGAUAACUUAGUUAUUGACGAUAACGACUACUACGAUCCUGAAAAUCCUAAUGAAAUUGAUGAGUCAACAGAUGUAAAUAAAUCAGCUGGAACAACUUAUAUGCAAUCACCAACUUAUGGUGGGUACAUGGAACAAGUUGAAACCAGUUCUUUACCGUUUAUUCCAAAUCAAACUAAUAAUAUGUUACCCCAUGAUGAAGGUUUAUCGUCUGAUGAUGAUGAAAAAGAAACUAAUGAUGAUUGUCCAAAUAUAUCAUUGUAUUCUACAGCUAGCCUUAACUUAUCAAAUUCGCCUAAAGCACACGAAGAGUGUGAAGCUGAUGCAUCCAAAGGAGAAGAUGAUUUUCAAGAUAUUCCUAUGCCGCCUGUUAGCCAAGAUAAAAAUUUGAAAUCGAAACUAGUAGGAGAAGAUCUAGAAUUUAAUGAAAUACAAUUAAAAACUAAUACUGAAACAUCUCUAGAUGAUGAUACCUGUGUAAUUUCUGAUAAUUCUGGUGCAGAAGAAGAAUGCAAAUCAAACAAUAGUGAUGAUGAUAAUGCAGAUAUUAUAAACUUGACUAAGGAAAGUAAAAAUAAAGACUGCAUAAUCAAUAAUGAUAGUAAUUCAGAUUUAGCCGAAACACAAUCUGCAAUUGAAUCAAAUAUAGACGAAGCAGUAAGUAAAGAAGAUGAAAUAUUAAUUGGUGAUAUGCCAUCAGAAGUUUCAUGUGAAAUAAUAAAUAAUUCUGAUAGUGAUGUUAAGGAGGUAAUAAACGAUUUGAGCUUGGAUCCAAUUUCAGAUUCGGAAGAAGAUAAGAAAAAAAGUAAAGGUCUUAAUACUAGUUCAAAUGCUGUUAAUAAUAAAGAAAAAUUAUCAAAUGGCAAAAAUGAAGAUAAAAAAGAUUUAGAUCAUAAUACUAAAAUGAAACUGAAAGAAUCUAAUAAGGAAAGUAUUCCGUGGAAAAAAUUAUCUAAGAACUCUAAAGACAGAAAUUAUCGUUAUGGUAAGGGAAAAGAGAAAAUUGGUGAAGAAAAUGAUAAAAAUAAAGAAAAAAAACAAAAGAGAAAGGAAAUAGAAUUGUAUGACGUACGAAGAGUGUUAGAAGACAGACCUAGAAGAAAAAAAGACAAAUUUGGGCGUGAUUUAUCUAAAUCUAGUCAUAGUGAUUCUGAUUCUAGAGACAGAAAUAAGCGUAAGAAGAAUAAACGAAGUCAUUCUAAACAACGUAGACGUAGUGUGUCGCCUAUUAAACCAAGAAAUCGUAAGCCAUCUAGAAGUCGUUAUCGCAGUGAAUCAAAGGAAAGGUAUCGUUCCAGGAGCAGACACCGAUCAAAUAGUAGACAUCGUUCUAGAAGUAGACACCGAUCAAUUAGUAAACAUCGUUCGAGAAGUAGACACCGAUCAAGUAGUAGACAUGGUUCUAAAAGUUUUAAACAUUCAAAUAAACAUGAUAAAAAUCAAGGGCAAUUGAAGGAACGGUAUCGAUCCCCAGCACUCUAUGAUGAACGUGAAUUAUCGCCUUUGCCUCCUAAACGCAAUACAAAAAAAUCCAAAGAAAAAGCAAGUAUAUAUUCGAAAAUUGAAAAAGACUAUGAGAAAAAAUUACAAAAAAAUAAUAAGUCGUCUAAAAAGAAAACAAAGAAAAAAUUAAAAGAUCAAUAUUUGUCACCCUCUCGUUCCAUAUCAUCUAGAAUACAGGUGUGGCAAUCGCCAAGAGACUGUGCAUGGUCACACACGGAUAUUUCUCGAACGCCAUCUCCUGUGUAUGGCCGUCAUGCAACAGACUUGGAUAUGAGUUAUCCUGCUAGAGAUCAAGAUUAUCCCGAGUAUAAUGAAAACUUAGCGGCGUUGGACAAUUUAACAGUAAUAGUGAAAAAUGAUAGUACGAAAAAAUCAAAGCAGACUAAGCGCCACACUACACGACAAAUCGCUGUCCCUCCCAGCAAAGAAGUAUACGCGUCUGGUGAUAACAUAUUAAUCAGCGUUAAUUUUAAUAAAGACUCUGUUAGUGAAGAAACUACACAAGAACCAGUGAAACGUAAGCGCCAAGAAACUACGACAGUUUUAUCAAUUAAAAAAUCGAAAACUAUUAGUACUACUUCUGUUGUUAGUACUGCUAAUCAAAAAGCUAUAAAAAGAGGACUAAAUCGUAAAAAGAUAACGAGAACACUAGAAAUAGUUAAUGCUAAACCAGUUGCAAUAAUAGAUUUAAACACGUCUCCAUUUAGAGAAUUACCUGUGUCUCCUAAAAAUGUUAUUGUAUUAACUGACAGUGACGAAGACAAACAAGUAACAAAACAAGACACGAAAAAAGAUAUCAGCCCAGAAAAACCAAAAGAAAACAAUGUCAUUGAACAAAAACCUGUAGAGAAAAAUGAAUGUAGUACCCAAACAAUAUCCACAACUACUAGUGGUGGUCCCAAGACUCCUCCAGAACCAACAAAUGUUUUGUCAAAAUCUGAUUCAAUUUCGAAGAAUAGCUGCGAGUUCAACAAUGUAGAUGAGGAUUGCGCCAAAUCUAUUGAUGUUCGUGGCCGAGGUCCCAACACGCCCCCAGAACCUCCAAGGUCGGUGGAUACAACAGCUAGUGAGACGGCAUACGAUCCCUUUGAACCAACUAAAUCAAACUCUCCUAGUCCUCCUCGAAUUGACAUGUUUGAGGAUGAUCACAACAAUACAACGAUACAGCCUCUUGAAGAGAGUAAGGCAGUGGAUGAGCAAUCAUCAACAUCACCGAAGACUACUACAACCACCACUAUGACGUCUCCGUUAGAGAUUCCUGUACAACCCGAUAAAAUUUCUCCUGAAAAACUGGCAACAUCAACUGCGAGUUCAUCACUUUACACUAGUCCACCUGCGACCAAAGCUCCUAGCCCUGUUGUACAACCGUUGCCUGUUACCGCACAAGACGAUGAAAUAAUUAAUCUGGACAACGAUGAUAGCCAAACUACUGCUUUUGAUAAUGAAGCUGAUUCGCCCUAUUCACCUGGAGAAGGUUUUGUCGACGAGCUUAAAGGAUCAUCACCCGAGAGCCCAACUCCUGCUCCCAAAAACGUAGCUAUUCCUCAGCCACAGAGUAAAAUUGAAUCGGCUAGAAGUAAAUUGGAUACUUUGCUCAGUAUACUACCACGAUCUAAACCAGCCAAUGUUUUUGAUAGCCUUAUAAUAAAAAAUAUGAAACCUCCAAAGUUUUUAUCCAAAUCAAAAUAUUUUAAACAAAACAAUGCCUCGAGUGAUGACAAUAUUGAUGAUUUACCGAGUUCCGCUGUUGAAUUAGAAUCUAAGAAUAAGUUUUUGGAGAAAUUGAAUCGUCAAGAACGAGUGAUCGAUGAGGUGAAGCUUGUGUUAAAACCUCAUUAUAAUAAAAAACAUAUAACAAAAGAACAAUAUAAAGACAUUAUGCGAAAAGCAGUACCUAAGAUUUGUCACAAUAAGAGUGGAGAAAUCAAUCCGCAGAAAAUACAAAGUCUGAUCGAAGCAUAUGUGAUUAAAUACAGACACUCGCAUAGGAAGCAAAUUCAACGGAUCCCAGUUUAAUAGCCGGUACUAUCGUUUUGUCUAUCAUACAAUCACAUUUAAGCUACUGCUCAAUUUGAAUGUUCAGUAGGUAAAUUUUAUUUAUGUGUAAUUUCUGUGUUCUUUACCAUUGUGUAUUAAUAUGUACUUUUAUUGGCCAAAGCCCAGAAACCAGUAUUGAUUUUAUUAUCUGGUUACAAUUUGUCUUUAUAAUUAUUAUUAUUUGUAAAAACAUAUAUGUGUACAUUAUUGUAUUAUUGUAUUAUGUAAUUUUUGUA